AUGAACGACUGGAGUCUUGCCUCUGCAGAUACUGAGCCUGAGGAGACCGGUAGAGACACAGACACUCAGCGGCCCAGAGAGUGUGACAGUUCUUGUUCCCCUCUGUUCUCUUUGAAAAUGUACCUGAGGAGGUCUUCCUCUGCAGAAUCCUCCUCCACAGACUCUCUGUCGUCUUCUCAGCAGAGCAUUGACUGUGCAGGAUUUGUCCUGAACUGUCUCUUCUGCCGGUUCUACGAAAUAAUCCUCAUGCUACCGGCCUCCUGUGAGAGAGUUGUCAAUCACUGCUGCCCCAACUACAAACAUGUCGUCACCGCAAUGGAGUCUGCAACUAACAGUAACGAAGACUCGCACAUGGAUUGGGACUGUGGUCUGUUCAAUUCCUGUCACGAUGCAGGUGACUGCCUGGAGCUGGCUAUGGAGGUCUCUGAAAUAUGUUAUCACUAG